AUGACAAGCCCAACGUCUAAAUCGCGAGUGCCAAAAGCAUGUGAGCCUUGUAACAGGCGCAAAGUCCGCUGUAAUGGCCAGCAACGAUGUCAACAGUGCGAGCACCUCGAUCUCCUCUGCACAUACACGGAGAAUCGCUCGGCGCGAUCAAGAAAGCACACUCUGCGCCGGGGUGCCAUAAUAUCAAACUACAAGAGCGGCACUCCAAAAACCACAUCCUUGAUACCGCUUCUUUCUCCAACAAGCCAACUCCCAGCUUCAUACUUCGAAAGCCUACUCCCAGACUAUAUGUCCUCUGUAUACCCGUUCAGCCCGAUAAUCACAGGCGCCGAAGUCCAGACCUCAAUCAACAAAAUGAAUGAAAGAGAACAUGCUGCGUUUAUCUACGCCUUCACAGCAGUAACCCUCGACCUAACCCGUGCUUCCAAAAGCACUUCAUCCCACUCAACAUCCCAAAUAGCAGAUCUCAUGCGCCAAUCCGUGGACAUCCAACAACCACUAGUGAUAGGGUUCCGCCCCUCCAUCCUCCGCGCAAUGACAAGCAUCUUCAUCCAAAUGUGUGCAAUGAGCCUAGGUCACUAUGAUCUAGGCUUCUUCUACCUCCGCGAAGCAAUCAGCAUGAUCCACAUGCUUCGCAUAACCGACAAGUCCGUCCUGGCAGGCCUGAGCACCCCAGAGCGAGCCCGUCGCCAACGUCUAUACUGGCAAUGUUUUAUCCACGAGCGAUUCAUGUCAAUCGUGUAUUUUUCACCGGUGACGUUACCGCCAGCUCAAUAUCCAGAAGAAGAUGCCACGGCGUCUGUGUCGAUGGAGAUUCAGCGCGGAUGGACGCAGGUCAUCAAGACAUUUUGUAUGCUUGAUGCGAGUUUCAUCAGUCUUUGGAUUGGGGAUCGGUCCCAGGUGACUGCGUCGUGGGUUGAAGGCAAGCAUCGCGAGUUGGACGAUGAAUUGUGGGAGACGGAGGUGUCGACGUUGUCGGAGUUGCAGCAGGCUGAUCUGGUGAUUACCAGACAGUGGAUGCGGACGUUGCUGUGGCAGAUGGCUAUGUCGAAUUGUUUGCUUAGUUCGCAUGCGUCGUGUCCGUCGUUGGAAUUGGAAAUGCCUUUGAAAUUGUCCAGUCAGCUCAGGCAGUUUUUGACGAAGAUCUCGCAGAAUACUAUCCGUGUGCAUGGAUCGUCGAUGAUUAGCAAGUUGCUGGAAGUCAUCAAUACUAUUGCGGACGUGGUGAUUCAUGUGCCACAGGCUACAACGGAGGAGACGACGGAGAGGAUCGAUGAUAUUGUGUUUAUGCAGAGCGUGGUGUUUUCGUUUCAUAAUUUGCAGGCCAUGUCGAAGAGUAUUCUGCUGGACAAGUUUCGGUUGAUUCAAGGGAGGUUUCCGCAUAUUGAAAUUGCUACGCAGUUGGCGGUUUAG